GAUGGGCCGGUGGGAGAGAGCCACCUCGUCCAUAGCUUUUUAAUUUCUCAGGAGAAAUGAUUGCUGGCGGACAGAAAUCUCUGGCUACGCCGUCCGUGGGCUGACCGGCCUUGCGGGGCUGGGCGCGCAAACCGAGAAUACUUUUGCUUCCGGUCGGGGGACAAAAAGCUGCGGCACCUCCUCGCCUUUAAUUGCUGUGGGCGGGGCGCGACAGCGCGCCUCGCGUUGCUAUUGGCGGCAGUUGGGGCGCGGAAACUGAACUGGCAGCAACGGCAGCGGCCGCGGGCAGCUCCGGCUCCUCGGGCUCCUCCGGUCCCGCCAUGGCCAUGCCCUGCCCGGAUGACCCUUCACUGGAGCGGCAUUUUAAGGGCCACCGAGAUGCAGUUACCUGUGUGGACUUCAGUCUCAACACAAAACAGCUGGCCAGUGGCUCCAUGGACUCGUGCCUCAUGGUUUGGAACAUGAAACCUCAGUCACGUGCCUACCGCUUCGUGGGUCACAAGGACGCCGUCACCUGUGUGCACUUCUCCCCCUCGGGGCACCUGCUUGCCUCGGGCUCCCGUGACAAGACUGUCCGCAUCUGGGUACCCAAUGUCAAAGGUGAGUCGACUAUGUUCCGCGCGCACACGGCUACAGUGAGGAGCGUCCACUUCUGCAACGAUGGCCAGUCCUUUGUGACGGCUUCUGAUGACAAGACCAUCAAGGUGUGGUCCACUCAUCGCCAGAAAUUCCUGUUCUCCCUGAGCCAGCACAUCAACUGGGUCCGCUGUGCCAGGUUCUCCCCCGAUGGGCGCCUCAUUGUGUCCGCCAGUGACGACAAGACUGUCAAGCUGUGGGACAAGUCCAGCCGGGAGUGUGUCCACUCGUACUGCGAGCAUGGCGGCUUUGUCACUUAUGUGGACUUCCACCCCAGCGGCACAUGUAUUGCAGCUGCCGGCAUGGAUAACACAGUGAAGGUGUGGGAUGUGAGGACUCACAGGCUGCUGCAGCAUUAUCAGUUGCACAGUGCAGCAGUGAACGCUCUCUCCUUCCACCCGUCGGGAAACUACCUAAUCACAGCCUCCAGUGACUCAACCCUGAAGGUCCUGGACCUGAUGGAGGGCCGGCUGCUCUACACACUGCAUGGGCACCAGGGACCAGCCACCACUGUUGCUUUUUCAAGGACAGGAGAGUAUUUUGCUUCCGGAGGUUCUGAUGAACAAGUGAUGGUUUGGAGGAGUAAUUUUGACGUUAAUUAUGGAGAAGUCAUCAAAGUGCAGAGGCCCCCAGCCACACUGUCCAGUGCCGCUGGGAAUCUGCCCGAAGUGGAUUUCUCCAUCCCACCAGGCAGAGACAGGAGUCAGGAGUCAGUGCAGAGCCAGCCCCAGGAGCCCCUCAGUGUGCCACAGACGCUGACCAGCACACUGGAGCACAUUGUGGGCCAGCUGGAUGUCCUCACCCAGACAGUCUCCAUCCUGGAGCAGCGGUUGACCCUGACGGAAGACAAGCUGAAGCAGUGUCUGGAAAACCAGCAGCUAAUCAUGCAGAGAAAAACAUGAUCAGGGGAGCAAGAAUCAAGAGCUCAGUUAGUUGGGGGGGAGGGGUGGCAGGCCGGGGAUUUGUACUGUGGGACCUGGGUGAAUAAAUAAAUGGGAUUCAGCUGAAUGGGCCUCACAUCCACACCCAAGGCCCAGGGGUCAUGCGGUCGGCCUCUACCUUGCUGUUUGUGCCAGGCGGCCCUCUGUCUGGAAGCUUGAGGCCCAGCUGUCAGGACCACAGUUAUUUACAUGUAAAGGAGCUACUUCAAAACAUAUGCCACCUCAGAGCCUGAAGAUUGCAAUUCCCGCCCUGGGGGAGGUGGCCCCAAGCCGCCUUGAUUGCACUCAACUUAGUGGAGUUUUCUCUACCUGGUGGCCAUAUUGCUGGCUUCCCAGCCUGGACACAGCUUAGGGGAUGACUGUUUAUGGGAUGGAUGAACCAGGAGUUUUCUCUCAGUCCAAGAGAAGACCCAAAGUGGACCCAUCUGAGUCAGGUUUGUCUAGGAACAAACCCUCUUUGGGGUGGGUGGUGGCCUUGCAGUGGCCUUGAUUUCUGCUCUGUGUGUGUUCGCUGUGGCCUGUGCUUCCUACCCCUUCAUGUGUGAGGGCACAAGAAUCCAGAAACUAAAACUGACUUUGUGGAGCUCAUCAAAGAAAUGGCUUGUUCUUGCUGUGACCUAAUCAGUCCUCCUGGCCCCAACGUCCAUAAAGGGAGAAGGAAAAUGGUGACUUGGGAGUGUCCUGGAUGCUGACGUUUGCAUUCGUUUGGGGUGUUGGGAGAGCAAGGCAGCCAGAGCCCCUGCAGCCCCUGCACACCACCCACAUCCGUCUGGCUCUCCUGCUGGGUCCAGAGGCCCUGGGUCCCAUGCUUCCAUUUGCCCACGAGGGCUUCCAUAGAAUCCUUCCUCCAGUUGUGCUGGAGAAGCCAGAGGGAGUGUUUCUCAGAUGUCUGGGGACCAUCUGUGCCUUCAGCCUUUAGCUUCCUGGGCCGGGCCAGCCAGGGGGUUAUUAUCCUCAAACACACCUGCACUGCCCCAGUGCCAGGUGGUUAUGGGGGUGCACAACCCACCCACCCCACCCCCCACACAUGUACCUUUCCUUGUAGGAUGAUAUCAGCAUGUCCUGGGACAUCCCAGGGAUGUCAGUGCUGGCCUCAGCCCAACAUGGGCUCUCCAGGUGGAGCAGGCAGGAGCCGUGGCCAGACAUGGAUAGGCCCACACCUCUCAGCCCUGUGGGCUGCGGGGAGGGCUUGACUAGGGUGGCCCAGGCCAGCUCUCCGAGGUGUUCCCCAAGCACUCACACCAGCCUUACUGACAGAAGGUAUCACGUGUGUGGAGCCACCAGCCAGGCCUGGGAUCUGGGGAAAGGAUGGUUCUUGGAGAGCUGGACAUGGCUUUAAAACAACACAGAAGAUUACCAGGGGGUGGGUGGUGGGGAGUUACUACUUAAUGGAGGUGGAGUUUCAAUUUGGAAUGAUGAAAAAGUUUUGGAAAUAGUGAUGGUUUCACAUCAUUGUGGAUACACUGAAUUAUAUGCUUAAAAAUUGUUAAA